AUGUAUGAUAGUGCAUCACGUGGUUGUAAUACAACGAGAUCAUUAAAUAAAGAACAAGAACAAAAUUUCCCUAUUAUAUCGAAAUUACUUAUAACACUUAGUCAACAAAUUGUACCUUAUCCAAACGAAUAUUUUCAUGGUCGAGGUAUUGUUCUUACUGUUGGACCACUUCAAUUAACAUUAGCAAGAGUCAAUCUAAGAAUGAUUGAACACAGUGGUAGUCAAUUAAAUGUUCAAGUAAAUAUAAUUCCAUUUAGACGUACAUCAAAAUGA